AUGGGCCACAGAGCAGCUGCCAGGGGUAGACGACCGUCGGAGGAGGUGUUGUUACCGGUGCUCCAGAGUUCAGCAUGCAGCAAUCAGCUCGAAGUUGACGCCAAGCGCGAGUGGGACGAUCACCACCGCCGAUAUCGUCGACGAAGGCACCGCGAGAAGUUUGAGCCAUUGCCGCAGUUAGCGUACGUUUAUUUGCCGCCGGUGUUCCCGCGAUACGAGUAUCACUACGAGACUCGGCAUCGUCAUGGCAAAACGAAGAUGUACGGUAGACAGCACCGCCGACGAGACUACGAUACCAUUGAGAGUGACGAGGACAGUAGCAAUUACAACUCUAGCGAUGUAGACGAUGAUAUUCCACUCCCACUGAAGCCGACUAUGCGGAGCCAGCGCAUGCGCUCGCUCGCUACGAUGUCGAAGCUGCAGCACACCGCCGCCUCCACGAUCCAGGUUCUCGAUGCAUUAAGUGCUCAUCUUGCUGCGCUGCAUUGCUUUGCUCAUUUCUUCACUUCAUCGAAGCAAGCACAGGACUUCCUGGACGUUUUUCUGCUUCGGGAGAUGAUCAGCCUCGUGCCUGUUUGCUUGCUCGAGGUCCUACGCGAGACCUGUUCGGCGGAGGCGGCGAUAACCAAGCGCAGAGAAGACUUUGCUUCCUCAUUGGCGGGGAACGUCCUCGUGUCGCUUAUCGACGAGAGUAUCCGCGAUGUCUUCCACGACGUGCUUCAGGCAUUGGUUAAGUCAUAUCUAGCGCAGAAGAUUGAUCUCUCUCGAGCAGCGAUUCCGACGGCUGUCGCUGUAGCCACGGAUAUAUUCGACGACUGGAUCAAGGAGCUCGUAGCAGACUUGCUACCUGAAGUCCUAGUCGAGUUAGCGUCCGAAUACACUGAAAACCCUUUUGAACUCGUAUUUCAAGUUUUUUUGUUCUUGAAAGGCAAUAACACUACAUCUCUGGGUGCAACCGGCAGCAGUGCAAUGGUAUCUACUGCUCCAGGAUCAACCGCCGGUAAAUUGGCCAUGGUGUCCAUGUUCUCGGACCUGGAUUUGGCACUGGACACCAGUGGUGCAGUCGUCUCAAAUGCCAACGGAGGCCGCGCUGUCGCCUAG